CUGAUACAGAAAUGCGAUUAGCUAUGAAUUUUUCUGAAAGUUGAACAACUCGCAAGUCUUAGUUUGAACUCAACUUACUACUCAAUAACCUUUAUUAUGAGUUGUAUUGUACGUAGAUAUCAUUCAUGAUAGUAAAAUACCUUGUGUGACAUGGCCACAAAUGAACCUUUAAACCCAGCCAGGCCUGUAGAGAGUGAAAGCCCGGGUGGUGCUGAACCUGGCCCUAGUAAAAAACCCGACAAAGAUUCCAAAGAUGACAAAGGAGGCAAUGAGAAGAAAGAUGAUCAAGAAAAAUCUAGUGGAAGCUUUGAAUGUAAUAUUUGUUUAGACACUGCCAAAGAUGCAGUGGUAUCUGUUUGUGGUCAUUUAUUUUGCUGGCCAUGUCUUCACCAAUGGCUAGAACUCCGGCCCAACAACAAGACCUGCCCGGUGUGCAAAGCUGCCAUCUCCCGAGACAAAGUCAUCCCCCUGUACGGGCGUGGUGCAGACUCCUCCAGUGACCCAAGAAAUAAAGCGCCUCCUAGACCAGCUGGCCAGAGGACGGAGCCUGAGCCCCAACAUUCAUUUAUGAAUGGCUUUGGGUUUGGGGGAGAUGGGGCUGGAGGAGCUGGUGGUAAUUUCCAGUUCCAUUUUGGCAUCGGAGCUUUUCCAUUUGGCUUCUUCACUCUCAUGAACAAUGGCCUCAAUCUUGGGAACAACGCUCAGAUGCCUCCUGGUCAGAGUGAAGACGACGUGUUCUUGUCGCGGGUCUUCAUGGGUAUGGCGAUAUUCUUCGUCCUGUGGCUCAUAUUCAUCUAGCCCUCAACCUGGCGCCCACUAACCUUCGUCAUCAACGAACUGAAGAGACUCUACUAAACUUAAAUUGCCAGCAAAAUAUCAGCCAUGAACUUCAAGUAAUAUCACGUCAAUGUUUAUAUAAACCGAUGUAGCUCUCUCAUCGAAGAGGCAGUUCAAUAUUGUUGCUACGAGUGUCGUUAAAGAACGUUGUUGAAGAAAUGGAUGACGUACGUAAUGAUCGGCAACUGACGUGACAUGCUGGCCCAGGGAUUACAAUACUGUAGCAAAUUAUUUGGUUACAAUUUGCCAUUUUGCGCUCAGGAUUCGAACGAAAUUUAUCUCUAGUUCAUUUGGUCGAUGCGAAAUGCUCCUCACAAACACAGAUAGUAAAGCAAAUCUACUCGUUUGCAAACAUUAUUCUUGUGAAGUCCCGUUACUUUAGAACUCCUUUUUUUGAUUCCUGUGUCCAGUGUGUCUUGUAAAGCCUAUUCCCGUAAGCUAUUGUAUUUAUUGGACUUUGUAUUGUAUUAGGUGGAAUCAUAAUGUGAACUUUUAAUGUGUGGUGUUGAAUCAUUCCAAUUUUAUCAUGCAGUUGUAGAUCCCUCUGCCUUCAUAUCCAUAGACAGCUUACUUUUUUGUAGUAAUGCGUUAAUACUGCGACAUAAAUUCUGGUAUCGGCUAGUGAACUUGGUAUGUAGUAGCUAUCUGGGCUUGACAGCCAAAUAGUUGCUACAUAGUGUAGGUAGGUAUUUCUUUACUAAAUUCGAAUCGAGGUGUAUAGUGUACAUUACUUUUGUAACAAUGCGAACGAUUCAUGAGAAUAUGAUUCUAUAUGAUUUAAUCAUUUUUAUUUGGUUGCAAUGUUCCACUGUCAAACACUUGGAAUGAGUAGGUAUUUAUCAUAUCAUGAUGCCCAAAACUGUAUCGAAAAUUAUUUAAUUCCGAGCAAGCUAGUGUGGUCGCUUGGAUUCCAUUGCACCUGUGAUUUCUGCAAUAGUAAUUGUCAGCACUUUUGUUCGUUCAGUGUUAAUUUGUGUAGUGAGAAUAUGUUCACCACAUCCACAUUAUCCUCGCCCUGGGAAACCCUAGUAUCGCUUCGCAAAGUCGGAUAUUGACCAUCAUAAGCUAUUAUAUUAAUAAUUAUUUGACUGCAUCCUUGUAGUUUGUUUUCCCAGAUGAAUAUUUUAUUAUUUUCAUGAGGCUGUCUACGGCUUGGUAAGGCCAGUGGCAGAGGUGCUUUAGGAUUGAACUAACCUGCAUAUUAUGUUCACUUUGUCGUGGCCUAUAGAGCGUUUGCUAAGCUCAUACCUGUUUCAAUUCCUUCUGCACUUUAUCUGUUCAGGUUUCAUGUGUUUACUAAUGGUUUCUUUGUAUAUACCUAUAACUUUAUCCAAAUUUCGGAUACAUCAUUGCAAAUUUUACUAAAUGUGUGAAUAAAUUUAUAGCAUACAAAAUAAUAGAAAUCAUUAUACU